AGUGUCUGCUGGUUUGUGUGUGUGUGUGUGUGUGUGUGUGUGUGUGUUUAUGUGCGUGUCUGUGUGUGUGUGUGUGUGUGUGUGUGUGUGUGCGUGAGUCUGUGUGUGCGUGUAGGAGCGGCCUGACGUCUCCCACUCUGUGUGAAUGAGCUGCGGGAGAAGAGUGUGACAACAGCUCAGCGGGAGAAGAAGCCAUCGCGGAAACACUUUCUAACUUCUUCCCGCUUCCUCCCUCAUCCCGAAUGCCUGCGUGACGACUGAAGCGACUCAGUUAUGGAGCGCUCCAUCGAGACUUCCCAGACCGGACACAGCAUAAACCCAAAGCUGAGUCUGAUAUCCAAACCUCGGCUUGCUCCUAAGCCCUUCUCCCUGCAGAAGAACACUUCCAUUCGCUCCAUCCACGCUCCAAAGACGGUCACGACCACAGCUGUCAAGUCAACAACGAACCAAACUGGAAAAUCUGAAGCUGCGGAUGUCUCCAAACUGACUCCGACUGCACACGCUCAGAAACCUCCUCAGCAAACCACUGCCUCUGGCUCCAAACUCAGGUCUGUGAACGAGAACACGAAAAUUAUACCAAAAACUACCAAAGAAAGUAAACCAAGCCCACGUGACGAGGAUACUCCUGAUUCUAGUGUAGCUCCAAGAAAAUCCUAUCCUGCCUCACAAAAUGUUCCACCCAAAGAGAAACCCACGUCCGAGCCACUGCAGAAAGACGAUGUCCUCCAAACAAACCACAAUGUAUCCACUGAUCUUGUUACUAACUCAGAACAGAAAGAUGAGAAAAAGAGAGAAGAGGAAACUCAGCCAUCUGUCGUCCAAAAGCCUGAAGAAUUAGAGAGCGGCGCUUCGUCUUCGACAAAUACUGUGAAUCGAUGGGGCGGCCCCAGGAGGAGUCUGUCCACGAAGCUCACUUCAAGGUUUCAGUCAGGUGGUGCACCCCUGCCUCCCCAGCCAACAAUAACCAUAUCUACGAGCGACAGCAAAGACGAUUCAAACAAGCCAGCGUCCUCCGACCCAGAGCUGAACCAGACAACAGAGCCAUCGAGCAGAGAGAGUGAUGAAGGAGGACUGAAGGAAGAUUAUAGCGGAGGAGGAAGUAUUAAACGCAGAAUCAGUCUUCUGUUUGACUCCUCACAGAGGCCAGAGGUCAUGACAAAGAAGGAGGAGCCCGACAUCACUAACUGUACAGGGGGCGUAAAGCAGCGAAUCAAACACUGGGUGGCGGAAAAAAAUUCUGAGGGUGCCAAGACGGAGAAGAAUCCUCAGGUUGCACCUCGACCUCGGUCUCGUAGCUUUGAGCCGGUGGCUGCUCCAAUAGCAGAGAAAAUACCCGAGACGCCAUCACAUGAGAAACCUGCCGCGACCGGAGCGUUGUCUACACAGGAUGUGGAUCCACGUCCAAAGGUCUCCUCAGCUGAACCCCCCAUACAGUCCCCAGUGGAAACACCUAAAGACAUUUCUACAGAAAUUAAGUCUAUGGAUAGCUCAAGCGAGAAACCUGGAGAGGACAAGCAAAAGAAAUCAACCGGUGGCGAGGUGCGACUCCGCAGUCGAAGCCCAUCUGCAACGCAAACAGCUAACGAUGAGGCAGACAGUGGCCAGCGACCUCUAAAGAGAGACAACGUCAAGCGUCGCUCUGUUCGCUUUGGUAUCGUGGAGAGAGACGAUGGUGGGCCUCCACUGAUCCUAGGAUCAGCGUCGGAGUCCAGCUCAGAAGAAGAAGAAGAAGCUCCUGAGGAUAAAGCUGAGGAGGAAACUCCUGUUUCGCUGCCCGUCUACAGACGAGUGGGAAGUCUUCAGAGGAAGGAUCAAGAGAUGCUAAAACAAGAAGAGGAGCGACUGAAACAUUUGGAGCUUGAAAGACAGAGAGCAGAGGAGAACAAACAGGCGAGACUUAAGUUAGAAGAGGACCAUAAACGAGAGGAAGAGAAGGAGAAAAUAAACUUGAGGCAGAGGGAAGAGGAAAAACGGAGAGAGGAGGAAAGGGAAAGAGAGAAGUUGGAGGAGGAGGCGAUGGAGAGACAGCGGAAAGAGGAGUGGGAGAGGGAAAGGUUAAGAGAAGAGGAACUUGAAAGGGAGAGGCUACGAGAGGAAGAAAGGGAAAGGGAAAGACAGAUGGAUAUCAUGUUGCAGAGACAAAGAAAAGAGGAAAGUGAGAAGGCAAAGCAGAAAGAAGAGAGACUAAAGCAGGAUCAGGAGGAGAGGGAAAGAGUGAGGUUGAGGGAGGACAGAGAAAGACAGAGGUUGAGGGAGGAGCAGGAGAGACCGAUUCAUGAACACGAGGAACACAAAUCAGAGGGGGUACUGAGAGAUAAGGAGAUCAAUAAAAGGAAACAAAGAGAGGAGGUGUGGGAAAAAGAGUGGGUGAAACGGACAGAGAGUUUGGGAGAAGAAGAAAAAGAAGAGAUAGAGGGAGAAAACAAGUUGCUGUGGCAGAGACAGAAAGAGGAGGACAGAGAGACCGCGAGGCAGAAAGAGGAAAGACUUAAACAAGAGGAGAGGGAGAAAGAAAGAUUGAAAAAGGAGGCUGAGGAAAGAGAGAGGGAGACAGAAAGGGAGUUGAUGUGGCAGAGACAGAAAGAGGAGGAAAGAGAGAGAGCAAGGCAGAAAGAGGAAAGACUUAAACAAGAGGAGAGGGAGAAAGAAAGAUUGAAAAAGGAGGCUGAGGAAAGAGAGAGGGAGACAGAAAGGGAGUUGAUGUGGCAGAGACAGAAAGAGGAGGAAAGAGAGAGAGCAAGGCAGAAAGAGGAAAGACUUCAACAAGAGGAGAGGGAGAAAGAAAGAUUGAAAAAGGAGGCUGAGGAAAGAGAGAGGGAGAGAGAAAAGGAGUCGAUGUUGCAGAGACAGAAAGAGGAGGAAAGAGAGAGAGCGAGGCAGAAAGAGGAAAAACUUAAACAAGAGGAGAGGGAGAAAGAAAUAUUGAAAAAGGAGGCUGAUGAAAGAGAGAGGGAGACAGAAAGGGAGUUGAUGUGGCAGAGACAGAAAGAGGAAGACAGAGAGAGAGCGAGGCAGAAAGAGGAAAGACUUCAACAAGAGGAGAGAGAGAAAGAAAGAUUGAAAAAGGAGGCUGAGGAAAGAGAGAGGGAGAUAGAAAAGGAGUCGAUGUUGCAGAGACAGAAAGAGGAGGAAAGAGAGAGAGCGAGGCAGAAAGAGGAAAAACUUAAACAAGAGGAGAGGGAGAAAGAAAGAUUGAAAAAGGAGGCUGAGGAAAGAGAGAGGGAGAUAGAAAAAGAGUUGAUGUUGCAGAGACAGAAAGAGGAGGACAGAGAGAGAGCGAGGCAGAAAGAGGAGAGACUUAAACAAGAGGAGGGGGAGAAAGAAAGAUUGAAUAAGUUGGCUGAGGAAAGAGAGAGGGAGAGAGAAAGGGAGUUGAUGUGGCAGAGACAGAAAGAGGAGGACAGAGAGAGAGCGAGGCAGAAAGAGGAGAGACUUAAACAAGAGGAGGGGGAGAAAGAAAGAUUGAAUAAGUUGGCUGAGGAAAGAGAGAGGGAGAGAGAAAGGGAGUUGAUGUGGCAGAGACAGAAAGAGGAGGACAGAGAGAGAGCGAGGCAGAAAGAGGAGAGACUGAAACAAGAGGAGAGAGAGAAAGAAAGACUAAGAGAGGAGGCUGAGGAAAGAAAGAGGGAUAGGCAAUGGAGGCUGGAAGAAGAAGAGAGAAUGAGGGAGAGACAGAGACAGGAGGAAGAGGAGAAAAAAAGAAAGGAGUUCGAGAGGAGAAUGCAGCAGGAAAGAGAGCGGGAGAUGGAGACGACGAGGCAAAUAGAAAAACAGAGAGAGGAGGAGAGGGGGUUACAGAUGGAGAGGGAACGUUUGGUGGAGCUGGACAGAAAUAUGCAUGAGGAAUUGGAAAUGAAGCGAGAGGAAGAACUGGAGGAAAAGGUGAGAAUGUAUAAAGAAAGAGAAAGGGAGGGAAGGAAGAGUGCAGCAGAUUUAAUCAGCUUUGACUCUGAAGACGUCCCUCAGAAUUCAAAGACACCAAAUUCACCAUUAGCUAAAACCUCAGAGACCCCUGAGAGUCCGAUCACAGUUGUGUACGAUGACUUCUCCGUCAGGAAGCCUCUGAUCGAGGUGGAUUUUGACGAUUUUUCUGUCAAGCCAAAGAGAUGGGGCUCGCGGCCCAAAGCAGAAACUAGUCCAGUCGUCGACAGCUGGACAACAAGUCCCGUGGACAGGAGAGAAGAGGAGGAGGUGCUGAGGCCCCUGAGUGUAUCCCCUCAUGAAAACUACGCACCCCAGCAUGUUGCAAAACCAGACAGCCCAGAGCCUCCUCUAGCUGUGGAGAAAGCAGAGGAGAAGGAGGAGGAGGUGGAAGAGAGGCCAGAGGAGGAACAGCUCAUCACAUUCGAAGUGGAGGUAGAGGAGGAGAAGGAGGUGGAGGAAGAGGAGGAGAUGGAGGAAGAGAUGGAUGAAGCAGAGGAAGAAGAAGAAGAUCAUAAGACACAGGUUAACAGCUAUUCUGUAAACAGAGAUGACAAAGACACUGAUGAUUUGAUAGACAGUGAGCCAGAGCAGCUGAGUCCCAGCCAUGGACAGACAUCUGAAACUGACGGUCCAAACCUGAUCCCUGACCAAGUUCCUGAAGUCGCCUCUCCAGAUGUUGAUACCACUGAUUUCUCUUCAUUCCCUGAGAGCUCCGCCCCACUCCUCGACACCAGCGCACAGAAAUCCAAGGCCAAUGUUGGAAAGAGGCGACUUCGAUCGCGUCCAUCACGCUCGAUCCGUGCAGGGCCAACUCCAAGGGACAUGUUGGAUUGGAGGGCUUGUGACACCGCAGAUGGAAAGGAGGUGUCUUUCCAACAAAGGGACUCAGAUUCUGAGGAGGAUCAGCCAAAACCGAAGAAAGCCUUACCUCCCCCUCCCACCUCACAAAGAGUCUCAGUGUUCCCUGGUCUGAGUCCUACAGCCCUGAUUGCUCAACUAAAAAGGAGAUCAGUCAGAGGAACAUCUGGAGGAAGAGAUGUGACAGAAGACAACAAGGGAAGAGAAGAGCGAGGAGGUCAACGCGAGGCAACAGCACCAUCACCCUCACAAGUCUCCCGCUCCUCGCCUCGCUCUGCUUCUCAUCUCGCGGGGGCCGCACUUGUGCUGCCACCCCUGGGCGGCACAGAUGGAGGAACCAGCUCUUCUCCUGCUUGGCUGAAGGAACUGAAGUCUAAGAAGCGCCUGAGUCAGCUCGACAGCGAGGCUUAGCCAGACACAGGAUACUGUGCCAUGGCCUUUGAGCAAGAAUCAAUUCAUCUCAGCCGCUGAUGCUCCUGACAGACGUCAUUGCUCCAUUUUCCACCUCGAGUGCCUUAUUUUGAACCUUUACUGGUACAUCAGAGGAGGGUUUUCUGGAUAUAGAGGCCCCCCGAGAACUUUGAUCUUGUAAAUUAAAUAAUUGUGCCAAGGAUGUGAUGUUUUAAUGCCAAGUUUUAUGUUUUAUUGACUGUUGUACAGAGGCUGAGUGGAGGUCGAACACCCCAAUAUAAUUUAGAAAAAAGCCAUGCACUGUCUUAUUGUCUGAAUUUCCAAGUCCAUCACAUUCCGACAGGAACUGAUAAAAACAGACCUUCAGCAGAGUACGUACCAUCAUACACAUGCACACCUAUACUGUAUAUACUGGAACUACUGAAUAUAGAUGAUGGAUCGCAAAUUGUGUGUAUUUAGUGGGAAUUGUAUAAAAUGCCUUUUGCAUUAUUUUACCAAUCACAAAUCGUCCCAACUAAAACUACCUAGCACUUUAAGAAACAUAGCAAAUUAUCUUCCAUACAGUGCGAUAGAUUAAUCAAGUAGAUAAUUGUUGUAACAGGGUCAUGGGAUUUUCUUUUUCUUUUUUGAACACCUUGAAUGCCUUACUUCUCUUCAAAGUUGACCAACAUGUAAGGAUACAGUCCCUGGUUUUAUUAAAAUGGCCACUAGCUUAUCAGAACAUCAGCAGUGAGCUGGGAGGAAGAUGCAAAAAUGCUGUAAUGGACUUAAAGAGUUUGUUUUGUUAAAUCUCAAAACAAAUGUUUUCAUCAGCUUGAAAUUAUUUUCCAAGUGCUUUUUUUAAACGUUAAUGAUUGACUGUCAUCAAUGCUGUAAUCAUUUAUGAUCAACUGUCUGUAUGAUAACAGGAAAUCGAGGGACCUUUAUUAAAACCUUUUCUAUGAAAUACAA